AUGGCCAAUGUCAAGGUCAAGGGCACCAAUUUUUAUCGCGAUGCGAAAAAAGUAAAAGUACUCAAGCGCCUUACAGAUGGCAAGGCCGAGCGCAAUGCCAAGGGAGACAUCACAAAGGCCGCCGUCUACCAGAGCCGUGAUGCGCCCGUCGCCCGCGUAGAGCCCAAUCGCAAGUGGUUCAACAACACACGAGUGAUAUCUCAAGAUGCCCUCGAGAGCUUCCGGUCCGCUGUUCAGGCCCAGGCCGCCGACCCCAGCACAUAUCUCAUGAAGCGCAACAAGCUGCCUAUGAGCCUGAUCGAGACGCCUGGCCAAAUUCCUGGUCUGAAGCAGCACGCGGCCAAGAUUGCCGUCGACAGCCAGCCCUUUUCAGAGACAUUUGGUCCCAAGGCCCAGCGGAAGCGACCCAAGCUUGACUUCAGCUCCAUUGAGGAUCUUGCCGGCCGAACCGACAGCAUGCACGAAAACUACGUCGAGCGCCUUGAGCAGGCUAAGCUGCUGUCAGGUACCUCAGGCGAAGAAAAGGAAGGCGACAAUGACAAUCCCAAUGGUGAGCUUACAUCUGCUCGAGAGUUCAUCUUCAUGAAGGGAACCUCGAAGCGCAUUUGGAACGAACUCUACAAGGUCAUUGACUCCUCCGAUGUCAUCUUGCACGUCCUAGACGCCAGAGAUCCAGACGGUACACGGUGUCGGUCCGUUGAGAAAUACAUUCGCACAGAAGCCCCUCACAAGCACCUGGUCUUCGUUCUUAACAAGGUCGACCUAGUACCCUCCAAAGUAGCUGCCGCAUGGGUACGCCAUCUGAGUCGUGAAUUCCCAACACUUGCUUUCCACGCCUCAAUCAACAACAGCUUCGGCAAGGGAUCUCUCAUCGCUCUUCUCCGUCAGUUCAGCUCUCUUCACAGCGACCGUAAGCAAAUUUCGGUCGGCAUGGUUGGCUAUCCAAACACUGGAAAAUCAUCCAUCAUCAAUACUCUUCGAAAGAAGAAGGUGUGCGUUGUCGCGCCCAUUGCUGGUGAGACCAAGGUGUGGCAAUACAUCACUUUGAUGAAGCGCAUCUACAUGAUCGACUGUCCGGGUAUUGUCCCACCGAACCAAAACGACACAGACGAAGAUCUUCUACUGCGUGGUAGUGUCCGUGUAGAGAACGUCGAGUACCCGGCGCAGUAUAUCGAGGCUGUCUUGAGGAGGGUUCAACCAAAACACCUCCAAAGGACUUACGACAUAAAGGAGAAGGACUACGAGAAUGAUGCUGUACGGUUCUUGGAAGUAUUGUGCCGAAAGAGUGGCCGUCUGCUAAAGGGAGGCGAGGCUGACAUUGACGGUGCUGCCAAGAUGGUUCUCAAUGACUGGAUAAGAGGAAAACUCCCCUGGUUUACUCCACCACCAUUCAAGGAGGGCGAAGAGACUGGACCUGUCAAUGAGAAGCGUGACGGCAAACUCGGCGAGAUGAGCAAAAAGCGCAAGCGUGACGGCGAAAGCCAGGCUACCGGAAGUGUAGCAGCGACCAUCGACGCAAGCAGUGCAGCUCAAGACCAGAUCGACGAUGAUGACGACGAUGAGUUUGGCGGCUUCAGCGAGGAUGAUGAUGUGGAAGAUGAUGACGAAGAAUCGGAAGAUGAAGAGGGUGGUGCCGCAAUCGAGGGUGCCGAGGACGACGCAAGCGAAGAUGAUGAAGCUGUUGAGCAAGAGCUCGCUGCCAUAUCAGAAGCGCUCACAAAAGCUAAGAAGCGUCAACGGAAAACAUGA